UUCCUUGUCAUUUUUUGGUGUGUGCUGCUUUUUCUACGAUGCAGCUUGAACUCGUGAUGAGUUUGGGAUUAAAACUCAUCACAGCGGCUCCUCCUAAAUGAGGUUUGAUGAAACGUUAAAAGUUGAGACAGCUAUCCAGUGAGAACCCAUCCCAACAGGAUGGCGCUCGUUCUGCCACAUGGGAUUUGUUUGUGACGUCACGCCAAGGAUUUUAUGCAUUGUGCUGCUGUCAAGGGAUCGGCUGAUCAGAGAACCGCAUCAAACAGCAGACGGAUCAGCUUCUUUAAGAUCUGUGGACCAGGAAGACUACACGCUGCCAGGACCUGCUAUAGGAAUCUUAACGUUUGGGUCAGACUGAAUUCUCCUCUACGCAGAAAAUGUCGAUAAUGGACCACAGCCCCACGACUGGUGUUGUGACGAUCAUCGUGAUCCUGAUUGCCGUUGCUGCUCUGGGCGCGCUGAUCUGCGGCUGCUGGUGCUGCUUACGGCUGCAACGCUUCGCUCAGUCCGAGGAUGAGGAAAGCAUCGUUGGCGAGGGUGAAACCAAAGAGCCUUUGGUGCAGUACUCAGCCCAUGUUCCUCGGGCAGAUCAUAAGAUCAAACUCACUCCUACCCUCACAGAGAGCCACAGCUAAUGGUUCUGUUUAGAAAAAGCUGUGCUGGAGGUGAUCCAUGGAGGGAUCACAUUUCUUUGCUCCUUUUAUACAUUACAAAACAUAGCACUGACGUGAACAUCCUGUUGUAAUGAGAAAUGGUUUCAGGUCAAAGGCAGAAGAACAAAGCGAGCGCAUGUAUUCGUCCAGCUGCUUCUAAAGUCUUUGUAGUUUGAAUGUUUUUGCACUUUGUGGUUGUUUAGUGGAACCCUGUAAUCAUGUGAAACUGAUGGUGUUUUUUUUUUUUUUUUACAACUAGCUGACAUUUUAUUUAUCUAAAUUCUGUCCUUGGGUACAGAUACUUCUUCUGUUGUACUAUUUCACUUCCAGCCAGAGCUGGCUCUGGUUUAAAGCUAGUAUGUGUAAUGACUGCACAUAUUUGGUAUCAAGCUACUGCAUAUUAACUCAACAAUCCAUUUAAUAGGCCAGUUAAAUCAAUCAUGCGUCGUAGUUAGUGAUUCAAGAGCCUUCAAUUACACGUUUAGUCUCCGACAUGAAAUCAGAAAGCUGUGUGUGCAGAUUAAACACGUUAUUCAUAAUGCAGGGUCAAGGCGCUCUGCUGUCUACUUUUUUUAGCAUGGAAAUUAGAUUUGUAUUUCAUUUCUACAUACAUGUGCCAUUAGAUGCUCCUGUAGUUCUGAUCUGCGAAGAAGCCAUCAAGAAUGAAAACCAGUGACGGGGUCUGAGUACGUGGAGGCACAGGAUCCUAGAGGUAUUCAUUACCGUGGCUGAGCAUACUUCUGUAUGGAAUGAGGAGUUUACUUGAAAGAUGUAAAUAGUUUUUCACCUUUGUCAUGUUUUGGGGGGGGGGGCUAUGAAUUGUCGUAUUUCCUGUAUGAAUGAAUAAACUGUGAUUUGAUCUU